AUGGAAAACCAAGAAAUUCUCUUCAUACCUGGCUUCCAGAAACAAGUAAAAAUUCCGAUAGGAAUGGGAAGUAAUAAACUCAUCAAUAAUCCGCAACUAGAAAUUUUGGUCGAAAACAGACCCAACAACAAUAAUGCACACGACAGCAUUGACAACGCCAUCAUCUACCAAAACUUGACUACCAGGAUGGUAAGAUUUAUAAUGCGCAACUACACCAAUGCAACGAUUGAAGUUAGAUGUUUCAUAUUUAUGUACAUCCAAACGUUCCGCAUUGUGCCGAAUAUCUAUUACCUUGCUGCCAGGCUGCUUACACCCAACACAAUUUUUGAACCUGACAAAUAUGAAACGAGCCGAAAUAAUGGAUCCAAUCUCGGAGAGGGAAGGACCGAUAACAACGUUGAGAACAUCAUCGAGGGAUCAAUCACAGAUGACAUCGUAAACGAGAGUAGUGUGUACAAGAUCCAAAACAAAACCAGUGCUGACACCAACGAUGGCACAAAUGUCAAUUGA